AUGGACUCAGGAGUUGAGUUUCCUGGUUUCCAGAUUUACAGUCAUAAAGAUGAGUUUGCAUUCAGAGGGUCCAUGAUGAGUAGGCUACAAAAGAGAGCUCCAUGUCCACUUCAGAUAAAGCCUACUACUACUGUGAUAAUAUCCUCUGCUUGCAAUGGAGCACAGAACUCAGUGGGGGCUGCUUCAACUUCCUCUUCAACUUCAUCUUCAUUAAAUUCCUUCUUCACUAGUAAAGAUCCGAUACCUCUUCUUUCUCCUCUUGUGGUGCUUGAAUCCACCUCCAUCAGAGAAGAAAACACUGCAAAAUCACAUUGA